AAGAAAAGAAAAUGCGUAGUCCCAGUCCCAGUCAUGUAAAUGUAAAGCUUAACGCAAAAGAAAAUUGAAAAAGCCAGACAGAGAGAGAGAGAGAGAGAGAGAACUGUGAAUGAAGUGAUAUUUCGAAGAAGCUUCCCAGGUGUGACUUCCCACUUGCCGGCCAUUCAACGCCAUUAUACAUCUCCAUCUAUUUUCAUUCAUCUUCUUCUUCUUGUUCCUCUAGAUUUCAGAUUUGAACAAGUUCUGCUACUACUUCUUGUGCUGCGGGCUCCACCUCCACCUAUUAUUGGAAAAAACAAUACUCAAAUCAACAGUACAGACCUGGAUCCAUCUUCUUCUUCUUCUUCUUCAUCUCUAUUUCUCCUUACUCAGGAUGGGUUCUGUAUCUGGAGAAGAUGACAAGCUCCACCUUGAUUUCGACGAUGAGGAAGCUGCUCCCUUCAGCUCUUCUUCACCAUCUUCUUCUGUCUCCAAAGUUCAUCCUUUCAAUUUCGAGACCGCAGUUGCUGCUUCAUCUCUGUUUAAAUCUCUUCGGGCAAGACGUGUCAGCAGGAGUGUGUAUCUUGUUUUGAUUAAAGCCAGGAUCAACGUCUUGCUACCCUUUGGUCCAUUGGCCAUUUUGCUACAUUAUAUCACUGGAAAGCAUGGAUGGGUCUUCUUGUUCACCUUAUUAGGUAUUGCUCCUUUGGCAGAACGUUUGGGUUAUGCUACUGAGCAGCUUGCGUUGUACACAGGACCCACAGUUGGGGGUCUGCUUAAUGCCACGUUUGGCAAUGCAACUGAAAUGAUUAUAUCAAUUUAUGCUUUGAAAAGCGGUAUGAUUAGGGUUGUUCAGCAAACUUUACUUGGUUCAAUCUUGUCAAAUAUGCUUCUAGUCCUUGGCUGUGCAUUCUUUACCGGUGGGAUUGUCCACUACCAAAAAGUUCAGGUUUUCAAUAAGGCAACUGCUAUUGUCAAUUCUGGGUUGUUGUUGAUGGCUGUAAUGGGAUUAUUAUUUCCUGCUGUGCUUCACUUUACUCACUCAGAGGUUCAUCUUGGGAAGUCCGUAUUAUCUCUAUCAAGAUUUAGCAGUUGCAUAAUGUUAGUGGCAUAUGCAAGCUACCUUUUCUUUCAACUUAAAAGUCAGCACAGUUCUUAUAAUCCUGUGGAUGAGGAAGGAGAUAAAAGCGAAGAUUGUGAAGAGGAGGAAGAACUUGAAUUAACUCAAUGGGAAGCAAUAAUCUGGCUUGCUAUUUUGACAGCAUGGGUAUCUAUAUUGUCUGGGUACCUUGUGGAUGCCAUACAGGGAGCAUCUGAGUCAAUGAAUAUGUCAGUGGCUUUUAUUAGUGUCAUCUUGCUUCCAAUUGUAGGAAAUGCUGCAGAGCAUGCAAGUGCUAUCAUGUUUGCUGUGAAGGAUAAGCUUGAUAUCACAAUUGGAGUUGCCAUUGGAUCAUCCACACAAAUAUCUAUGUUUGUGAUCCCCUUUUGUGUGGUUGUUGGGUGGUGCAUGGGAAAAGAAAUGGAUUUGAAUUUUCAACUCUUUGAGACUGCCACACUUUUUAUAACCGUGCUGGUAGUUGCAUUUAUGAUGCAGGAAGGAACCUCAAAUUAUUUUAAAGGCUUGAUGCUCAUUCUAUGCUAUCUUAUAGUUGCUGCCAGUUUUUUCGUACAUGUAGACCCUAAAAGUGGUGAUGACUAGAUAUAUAGUAUGGGUAUUCCAUGGUUGCCCUUUCUAUAGUGGCAAAAGUUAGCUGCGAGUUUGAAAGGGUUCAAGAAAAUUCUUCAGCUUGCAUUCAGCAUGGUGUGGGAAACCCAGAAAGUGAUCACAAGCAAUGCACUGUACUGAAAUUUUCAGCCUUGUAUUAUAUUGAAUUUUGAAAGCAUUUGUUAAUCUGUAUUAUUAUUAUCUAGUUUUCAUUCAUUUACCAUGAAAAUCAUAGUCUUUCGCCCGGGUCUCCAAUGAAUCAAGUUGAAAGUAACCAAUCA